UGUGUGUGUGCGAUCUCUCCCUCUCUCAGGACAUCAGAUAACCUGGCCAAUGAGCAGAAAUUUCACGGAAUCACCAACCUUGUAGAACACCCAACUCAGAUCAGCCCUCCGGUGGACACGGACAAGCCGGUGACCCUGGGGGUCUACCUGACCAAGAAGGAACAGAAGAAGCUUCGACGGCAGGCGCGCAGGGAGGGGCUGAAGGAGAUGCAGGAGAAGAUACGGCUGGGUCUCAUGCCCCCCCCCCGGCCCACAGUGCGGAUCUCGAACCUGAUGCGGGUGCUGGGCACGGAGGCGGUACAGGACCCGACUAAAGUGGAGGCUCACGUGCGGGCACAGAUGGCCAAGAGGCUAAAAGCUCACCAGGACGCCAACAGUGCCCGCAAACUGACGGCCCAUCAGCGGAGGGAGAAGAAGAUGAAGAAGCUGAAAGAAGACUUGUCGCAGGGCACCCACAUUGCUGUCUAUCGAAUCCGAAACCUCAGUAACUCAGCAAAGAAGUUCAAAGUGGAGACGAACGCAGCCCAGCUCUACCUCAGUGGAACCGUGGUCCUGCACAAAGAUGUGAACGUGGUGGUGGUGGAGGGCGGUCCGAAGGCACAGAAGAAGUUUAAGCGUCUGAUGCUGCACCGGGUCAAGUGGGCGGAGCAGACCAGUUCCCGUGACGACGACGACGAUGGGUCCGACGAUGAUGCUGUGAAGAAGGUGAACAAGUGCGCGCUGGUGUGGGAGGGCACGGCGAAGGAGAGGAGCUUUGGUGACAUAAAGUUCAAGCAGUGCCCGACGGAGAGCAUGGCACGGGAACACUUCAAGAAGCACGGGGUGGAGCACUACUGGGACCUGGCCCUCAGCCAGUCAGUGCUGGAGGUCACCGAGGACUGAGAGACAGACCCCCACCGCCACAGCGACCCCCCCUCCCGCCGCGCCUGGGGGAGGGGGCAACGACUCGCACCGUGUCGGGCACACGCCCUCCAUUCCGCCGGACGGGACAUCAGGGUCUUAGCCCCACCCCCCCUCCCCCCCCCCCCACUGCUCGCCUGCCUCUGCCCCACUCCAUAGGUGUGCACCGACUCUCCGCUCUUCACAAGGAACUCUCGUCCGCACCUCGAUGGAAGGAGGGGCGAUGGCCGUGGCGUUCACACCACUCAACGCCUGGCUGACCCGUCUCCCCAUGUACGGGCUCGAUUACUCCCGUCACACAGCUCCCCGUCACACUGACCAGGCUGCUUCCCUUCCCUUCCCUCUCCUUCCCUCCCCUCCCCUCCGUUCCUCUACAAGAGCGAGCUUCGCUCUGUGUCUGACCCCAGGGAGUGUGUGAUGGGACAGUGCAGAAGGGGCCUCACUCUGUGUCUGACCCCCGGGGUCGGUGCAGAGGGGGCUUCGCUCUGUGACUGACCCCGUCCGUGCCUGUCCGGACUGCGUGUCUGAUGGGAGACUGUGAAAGGAACCUACACUGCCGUGGAUGGGCAUGGGAAGUUGCUGCAAGUCAGACGUAUUGUAACUGGGACGUGUGUGCAGACAGUGGGGGGUGUAUUGUUACAGGAUGGUCUUUUGCCACGUGUGUGUGUCCUCACUAAUCAUCGUUCAGCUUUCCACGGAGCAAACCUCAGCGACAACAGGCCGGGGGAGGUGGCAGCUGCGUAGAACUCUGCCACCAGUGUGCGGACUGACUGGCGUUCCAUAGUAAAGAUGAAACUUCUCCCUUGAGGGACCGAGCUUGUACCGCAGGAGCUGCUGCUCAGCAGUUGCUCUGUGCCUUAAUCCUCGUUCAUCAGCUCACAGCGUGGUCACCCUGUGGCUGAGAUCAAAGCGUGACUCCGGUAAAGAGGGUGGGUGUGGUGGGAUUUAGGUCCAGGCAAGGCUGAGGGCUAUUCUUCAUCCACCACUUGGUUCUCGUCAGGAGUUCCCGACUGGUCUAAAUGCGAUGGAACCCCCUUGUUUAACUGUGUUACACUGUAGUGUGCAGGGCCUGAGGGGUUAGUUGGGACUUGGGAGUGAGGUGGGGAGGGUUUAUAAGGUGAGCUGGUCCAAGGGCGGUGGGCUGCAGUCGUCCCUUGGUCUGUGCCACUACCAUCAGUUUUACUUUCUUCCCCAACUUGCUCUAGAAUCUCACAGUAUUAAAACCAAACCAAAAGUCGGGACAAAACGCUAGCUGGGAAUGUAUCCCGAGUCUGAACCCUUUACCUGCAACAGAUUGGAUGGCAACUUCCGACAGGGAAUGGGAUACGUUCCUUAAAGGGGUGAAAAUGCGCGGCAGGGUGGAGUGGUUGAUCAGAGGGGGGGGGGGGGGGGGGCAAACGCGGGCUUGACGGACCGAUCGGCCUCCCCGCAAGUUUACUUUGAACUGGAAGACAACAUGAACAGGCGGCCACACUCAGUGGGGGCCAGAAUAGUUCCAUCGUUCCACUGUCUCGGAGGGCUCAAGAAGUCCACGUACCAGGAGACGGUGGGGUGGUUUGUGUGGAGAGCCAACUGUUAGAUAUCCAAUUGCAGGCAGUGAUGGCUGCUAUUUUGUUGUAUCUAUUUUAUCAAUAAAUUUUGUUUCCGCAAAGGCAAA